AUGUUUCUCAUUUGGAAAGAAAUUUUGAUGGAAACCUUAUUGGGCUACAUUUCCUGGUCACUCUACCAUGCUCUUCCACCCAUGAUAUAUUACUUUCCUCUACAAAUAUUGGCACUUAGUGGUUUGGAAGCUUUUGCUGUUGCUUUCUUUUCUCCAGUAUUAUUAAUAUUCAGUCCUUUAUGGAAACUGGCGAAAAACAAGUACAUCCUAGCUCUGCUAAGGCUGACUAUGGUUGGAAGUGUAGCUUCAUACCAAGCUCCAAAUGCUACACUCCGAAUACUGAUCUUGGCUCCAGGUGUUUUUUCCUCUCUUGUGGUUCAAACAGUAACAUGGUGGUCAGGAAACAGUUUACAAAGGUACAACAGGAUCUGGGGAUUCAUACUAGGGAAGAUUCUUCUACUGGUGCUUCGAAUCUGGUAUACUUCACUAAACCCAGUCUGGAGCUGUCAGACUGCCAACACCAUCAUACUGAUGUUGGGUUUCAUAGCAGCUGUUGAGCGAAUUUAUGCAGGCACAGAUAGUAUGAAGCAAGAAGCAAACAAGACUGGUGAUGCAGCAAAAGAAACCAUUCCUAGAUCUAACUGGCUUUUGUCAGGAGCAGCUUUUGGCAGUCUGAUGUUCCUCACAUUAUGGAUUUUUGGAGAGGUCUCACUCGUUUCUAGGUGGGCUGUGAGUGGACAUCCACACCCUGGGCCAGAUCCUAAUCCAUAUGGAGGUGCUGUUCUGUUGGGACUGGCCCAUGGAGUGGUGCUUUCCUUUUUGUCUUCGUCUUCUAUCACCAGUUUUGGCUGGUGUCUUACAGGCAUGGCAUCUGCAGCUGGUCUCCUUUACUUAAAGACCUGGGGUGCAGCUAUAGCAGGCAACAUUCUUGCUGUCUUUACCAUGUGUACGUGGCCUCGACUUACUGGGCGUUUCGUUAGCUGUCUGCAUCCUGGAAAAGCCAUGAGUACAGCCAUGUUUGUCUAUGUCCUAGAGAUAUUCUUUUGUGUGUGGUGCACAGCUUAUAAAUUUGUACCAGGAGGAAUUUAUGCUAGAGAGAGCUCCCACCUUCUUUUAGGAGUUAUCAUGUUGUUUGUUGGGCUAGAUGAACUUAUUGGCUCCAAGAAGAAACUUAAUUGUAUAUUUCAAGUUAAAAGUAGCCAUAAGCCACUAUUCAAACAAAGUGAAAAGUAUAUCAAACUAUUCUUAUGGCUGUUUGUUGGUGUGGGUCUGCUAGGAUUAGGACUGCGAUAUAAAGCUUAUGAGAAGAAAUUAGGCCAAGGGCCUUCAACAAGAGACUUCUCUGCUGCAAUCUGGCCUUUCAGGUUUGGAUAUGACAAUGAGGGGUGGCCAAACCUGGAAGGUUCAGCAAUUCUGCUUAAUCAAACAGGUGCAGAUUUUAUUACCAUUCUGGAAAGUGAUGCCUCUAAGCCAUUCAUUGGGAACAUUGAUCCAACCAUGUGGUUAGGAGAAAAACUGGGUUUUUACACCGAUUUUGGUCCAAGCGCAAGGGAUCACACAUGGGGGAUUAUGGCUCUAUCAAGAUACCCAAUUGUGAAAUCCAGCCAUCACCUUCUCCCAUCCCCUGAGGGAGAGAUUGCACCAGCCAUCUCCAUGACUGUCAACUUCACUGGGAAACUGGUGGAUUUUGUUGUUGCUCACUUUGGAAAUGAAGAAGAUGACUUGGACAGGAAGCUCCAGGCUAUUGCUGUUUCAAACCUGUUGAAGAAUAGCUCUCGACAGCUUGUAUUUCUAGGAUAUAUCACUUCAGCUCCUGGAUCCAGAGAUUACAUAGAACUAAUUGAAAAUGGCAAUGUUAAGGAUAUUGACAGUACAGAUAAUGACAGGUGGUGUGAUUACAUCAUGUAUCGUGGACUAAUAAGGUUGGGUUAUGCCCGCAUUUCUCAUGCUGGUCUGAGUGAUUCAGAAGUUCAGAUGGCCAAAUUUAGGAUCCCAGAUGACUUGGAUAAUUAUGUUGACAAUGACAAAAUCAUCAUUGACCCCAGCCAAGUUCCUGAGGACAUCCAUUUCAACCCAAGAUUUGGAUCCUACAAAGAUGGACAUAACUAUGAACAUAUUCAUCAUUUUCAUAUGAGUACUCCCAAGUAUUUUAAACAGACUAGAAUGAGGAAAUAA